GGCUUUUAGGCCCAUACGGUAUUGUGUUGCUGGCGUAGCUAAGUCACACCACUUCUGCACAACGUGAGCAAAUUAUGGCAGCUGCAGGGCUUCAGAUCUUGGCCAUCUUUCUGGCAGCCAUUGGCUUUGUGGGGGACAUUGUCAUCUGCGCCUUGCCCAUGUGGAAGGUGUCUGCUUUCAUUGGAAACAACAUUGUGACAGCGCAGACCUUCUGGGAGGGCCUGUGGAUGAACUGUGUGAUGCAGAGCACCGGACAGAUGCAGUGCAAGGUCUACGACUCCAUGCUGGCUCUACCCCAGGACUUGCAGGCAGCCCGUGCCCUGGUUGUGAUCUCGAUCUUGGUUGUCUUCAUGGGAAUCCUGCUUGCUGUCGCAGGGGGAAAGUGCACCAACUGCAUUGACGAUGAAGAGGCCAAGAGCAAGGUAGCAAUCAUUGCGGGCGUGCUCUUCAUCGUUGGAGGUAUCCUGUGCCUGAUCCCUGUGUCCUGGUCAGCUAACACUAUCAUCAGGGACUUCUACAACCCCCUUUUGACCGACGGACAGAGGCGGGAGCUCGGCGCAUCGCUGUUCAUCGGGCUUCAGAUCUUGGCCAUCUUUCUGGCAGCCAUUGGCUUUGUGGGGGACAUUGUCAUCUGCGCCUUGCCCAUGUGGAAGGUGUCUGCUUUCAUUGGAAACAACAUUGUGACAGCGCAGACCUUCUGGGAGGGCCUGUGGAUGAACUGUGUGAUGCAGAGCACCGGACAGAUGCAGUGCAAGGUCUACGACUCCAUGCUGGCUCUACCCCAGGACUUGCAGGCAGCCCGUGCCCUGGUUGUGAUCUCGAUCUUGGUUGUCUUCAUGGGAAUCCUGCUUGCUGUCGCAGGGGGAAAGUGCACCAACUGCAUUGACGAUGAAGAGGCCAAGAGCAAGGUAGCAAUCAUUGCGGGCGUGCUCUUCAUCGUUGGAGGUAUCCUGUGCCUGAUCCCUGUGUCCUGGUCAGCUAACACUAUCAUCAGGGACUUCUACAACCCCCUUUUGACCGACGGACAGAGGCGGGAGCUCGGCGCAUCGCUGUUCAUCGGUUGGGGAACAGCAGGACUCCUGCUUAUUGGCGGGGCGCUUCUCUGCUGUCAGUGUCCACAGCGUAAGGAUAGCGGAUACUCUGUCAAAUAUUGUGCCCCACGCUCAGCAGCCAGUGGAGCUUAUGUUUAAAAUGCCUGUUUUUUUUUUUAGUGUGCAUCCUUCUCUUGCAACAGGAAACUGGACUGAAGUCUUUUAUAUCUUAAUGCUCUUAAAUGUGUGAUUUCAAGGUGUCUUACUGACUCAUUUAAUAAAUUCAUAUGAUCACUA